AUGGCCGAGAAGCUGAAUAGACUGAAAACUAUUAGCCUAGAAAUGGGUCUUGCCUUUAACAAAUCGAAGACCAGACUGAUGCUUAUCGACCGUUGCGCAUCAGUUCAGCAAACCAACCUUCUACAAGAAAAGGAGACGGUAGACCAGUUUCAGUGUCUUGGUUCUGUCAUUACCCGUGGUGGCAGCUGUGAUACUGAAAUACGCAGACGGAUCGACAUAGCGAAGACAGCAAGAACCCAACUGAACAAACUAUGA